AUGGCGGGUGCCCCGGUGCGCCCUCCGCUUCCUCCUGCUACUGCUCCUCCUUCCAUGUCGAUGCACCAACCAGUCCGGACCGAGCCGGUCCCCCGGCCAGGACAGAGUCUUCCCUGGACGCCGGAGGAGGACAAUGCGCUGCUCGAGGCCAAGAGUCAAGACAUGUCAUGGGACGACAUCCAUGUGCAAUAUUUCCCCAACAAGACGGGCAAUGCCUGCCGGAAACGUCACGAACGGCUGCAACAGAAAGCCCGGGGUCAUUGGGACGAGGCGCGGAUCCACAAGGUAAUCACCUGUUACAACCGACACCGAGAACAGUUCUGGCGGAGUAUCAGUGACCAGGUUGGGGAGAGAUGGGAGGAAGUGGAAAAGAUGAUCUUGCAACAAGGCUUUCGACGGUUGGGGAUUCCCCGCCCUCGCCAUGUUCGGACCAGGUCCCGGGCCAGUUCUGGCCAGACCGCCGUGAUUGAAUCCGAACAUGUCUCGUCCACCUCCACGGACGAGUAUGAAAAUGCCGACGACAGCGGCAUUGUUCUGGGCCACGCUGGCCACAGUCGCCGGGCCAGUGAGAUGGGCAUGCUGCAGCAUCAGAGUCUCCCGGGCGUAGGGCACAUUCUGUCCGAUAGCGAAGGAGCUUACAAGGUCGAUGGUGCAUAUCAGUACUAG